CGGAAAUGAGAACCUGAUCAAGUAGCUGCGGUCGAAAUAUGACUUUCUUAGCUGUUUUUGAACAAAUUUCGAAAGCAUAAAUAUAAUGACAGUUUGAUUUAACAGAAAAUUAAGAAAUAGUAAUGUAUAGCGGACUCCUGCCCAGAGGUUUGACUGAAGACGACCUCAGUUCCGAUGAGGAGGAGGACACGAAGGAAGAAGAGGAGGGAGAGAGCUCUGCUGAGAAGUUGAGACCUGCCGGGGAAAGCAAAGACCCGGGGGAGGAGGAACAGUCGACACACACUCCUAGUGAUUUAGAAAGUUAUUCAUCAGAGUGUCCUCUGCCUGGAACCUCCCAGAAGAUGUGGCGAAAAUUCCAGCUUCUAAAGAAGAAAAAUGCUGAAAUGAAGACAGAGGCAUUAACCAGGAGACGAAAGAGAAGAAAACCAAAGAAAGGAACCAAAACAGAAGAACCCUCGGAGACAAGGAGAGAUCUUCAGGAGGAGCGGGAGAAGCACUGGGAUGAGCUUAAGCAGUAUUUUGGUGUAAAUGAUCGAUUUCAUCCACCCCCAUGUUUCAGACCCCCUCCAAAGUCCGGCCUAGAAAAGAGCACGGAGAGAGCCAUAGCUGAAGGGGACACUGCAAAGGCGGAGGAGAUGAGCGACAGACUCGCCACUCGAGAGUUGGCUGUGAAGAUUGCUCAAGCUGCUAAUUGCCGAGACUUUGUACAGCACAAAAAGGAGGAGGAAGCUUUGAGGGCAGCACAGAAGAGGAAAAAGGAAAUUGCCUGGGGGUUUGAGGCCAAAAAACGCUGGGAAACCAAGAGCAACAUGGGCUACAUGUGAAUGCCUGUGACAUAAAGAGACUAUGAGGGGGGGGUUGGGGAGGUAGGGUGUCAGGUUAAUUUGCUGAGAAUUGUUCCCUGUUUAGUCUCUUUGUAUGAUUAUAAAAUCACAGCAGUGAAGUGCAUGGAUUGAUAGAGUUUUCUGUAACAGAAAUCUAAUCCGUAGCGUAGAGAGAGAGAGGAACAAACACAGAGCAGUCAGUAGUUCUGAAGGCACCCAUUGGUGUCUGUGUUGUGUUAAUUUUCAUUACAGUUCCCUGAUUUGAGCAUUUUGGCCUUUUUCCUCCAUCAAAUUAAAUCUGGUGUACAUUA